UAGCUAAAACGCAAAAGCCACCCCGAAAUAGUAUCUGGGCAUUUCUUCAGACCCGUUUUCAUCCACCACUGAUGCAUGAAACGAGUUUCUUGCCAUGGAUUCCUUCAGAAAAUCCUUGAAAUCAAACAGUUCUUAUAAUCAAAUUGGUCAAAAACCAGCCCAGGGCAAUAAAGAGCGACCCAUUCCCAUCGACGAGGAAGAGGAUUUGACGAAAUCUAUUGAUCCAUGGAGUGAGCGGAAAGAGGUUGUGGUGAAGAUCGACGGCAGCAGAGAUGUCGAACUUGGUGGAGAAACGAAUGAGAAUAUGUGGAGAGAAUCAAGCUACAAAUUCUGGAAAGAUGAAACUGAUGGCCUUGUAAAGCAGCAGGAGAAUGUGGAUGAUCCCCCAUCUAAGCUCAUAUCAGAGUUCUUGAAUAAACAGAAGGAGAUGGGUGAGACAUCCAUCGACAUGGAUUUGGAGAUGGAUUUAGGGAUGGACGAGCUCCUCCCCCCACAGGAUCAGCAUCUCCUGCAUGCACAGGAUGGUUCCAAAGAGCAGAGACACCCCAACACAUCAAAGGAGCUCAAGGUCUCAUUCCAAUCACCUCAAACGCACCACAUUGAGAUCUCAUCAGACAGCAUGAGGCGUCGCUACAAGGGCUCCUCAGAUGAAGAUGACGAUGACAGCCACAAGAAGGGAAGUGGACGUUCAGGAGAAGUCAUGAAAUGCACGUCUAAUGCUUCAUUCAAACCAAGCUCUAGCAUGUUGCGGAGUAAGACGAAGUCGAGGCUGCUGGAUCCUCCUGUUGAAGAGACAAAGAAGUCAGGAAUGAUGAAAUCAGGAAUAAUGAAACCAGGAAUGAUGAAAUCAGGACAAAUGAAAUCGGGGCUUUUGGGAGGGAAUGAGGACGAAGAUGACCCGUUCUUUGAUGAAGACAUACCCUAUGAAUUCAAGAAAUCUAAUCUCAGUGUGGUAUUCAUCCUUGAAUGGGUCAGCCUCAUCAUUAUCUUGGUCAUCUUCAUAUUCAGCCUCUCAAUCCCCUACUUACGGCAGAAGAAAGUCUGGAAUCUGCCUCUUUGGAAAUGGGAGGUCUUGAUUUUGGUUCUGAUAUGUGGACGUUUGGUCUCUAGUUGGGUAAUUAAGAUCGCCGUCUUCUUCAUCGAGUGGAAUUUCCUGUUGCGCAAACGGGUCUUGUAUUUCGUUUAUGGCCUGAGGAAGGCCGUCCAAAACUCCCUUUGGUUGGGCAUGGUUUUGCUUGCUUGGGAAUGCAUUUUCGACAAGAAGGUCAAAACAGAAAUGGACAGCAAGCCACUUGCUUAUGUAACCAAGAUUCUGUUAUGUUUCUUGGUGGCGACGUUGCUGUGGCUUCUUAAGACUCUUCUGGUGAAGGUCUUGGCAUCCUCUUUUCAUGUCAGUACUUACUUUGAUAGGAUUCAAGAUGCGUUGUUCAACCAGUACUUGAUCGAGACGCUUUCUGGCCCACCGCUGAUUGAAAUCCAACAGAUUAGGGAAGAAGAAGAGAAGGUGAUGGCAGAGAUGCAAAGGCUUCAGAAUGCCGGCGCGAAGAUCCCUGCUGAUCUCAGGGCUACACUACUUUCAGGCAAAAGCGGGAUGCUGAAUAGGGGCAGCAUAAUCCAGAGGAGCUCCGUUGUAGGGAAGAGUUCCAGGCUCUCCAUAACAGAUGCUAAAGGGUAUGAUGGAAUAACGUUAGAGCAUCUUCAUAUGCUCAAUCAGAAGAAUGUAUCUGCUUGGAACAUGAAGCGGCUGAUGAAUAUCGUUCGACGCGGGGUUCUUUCUACUACGUUGGAUGAACGGAUAUCUGAAUUAACUAAUGAAGAUGAGUCGACAAUGCUGAUUCGGAGUGAGUUUGAAGCGAAAGCAGCUGCAAGGAAGAUCUACAAAAAUGUAGCUAAACCUGGUUCAAAGUACAUCUACAUGGUUGAUCUGAUGCGGUUCAUGUUGGAAGAAGAAGCCCUGAAGGCUAUGUAUCUCUUCGAAGGAGCAAAAGAGAACCAUAGAGUCAACAAAACUGCUCUCAAGAACUGGGUGGUUGAGGCAUUCAAAGAAAGGAGAGCCCUAUCGUUGACACUGAACGAUACGAAAACAGCGGUAAACAAGCUCCACCAGAUGGUCAAUUGUAUGGUUGGGAUCAUUGUAGUGAUCCUCAGCCUACUUAUUCUUGGCAUCGCCACAACAAAUUUUCUGGUCUUCGUUAGCUCUCAGUUAGUGAUGGUGGUUUUUAUCUUUGGAAACACCUGCAAGAUGAUCUUUGAAGCAAUCAUCUUCUUAUUUGUGAUGCACCCAUUUGAUGUGGGUGAUCGCUGCGAAGUUGAAGGAAAUCAGAUGAUAGUAGAGGAGAUGAACAUCUUAACAACUGUAUUUCUGAGGCACGACAAUCUGAAGAUAACAUAUCCAAACAGUGUGCUCUCUACCUACCCAAUCAGUAAUUUCUACCGAAGCCCAAAUAUGGGAGAUGCAAUUGAUUUCUGUGUUCAUGUUUCGACUCCAGUCGAAAAGGUUGUCUUGAUCAAAGAAAAACUCAAGGAGUAAGCAACAAAACCCGCACUAUUUCCUUAUCUUUUGACCAUGCAAAG